AACAUUGUAGACGAGACGGAAGAGAGGAACAAGAACCACCCGUACAGAGAAGAUCUAGAUUUCGAGUAUUAUAACGCCAACUUCCUGAAUGUCUACGACAACGUAUCCGUGAAGUUUGAAAAUGGGUCGACGGGGAAGGUUCCGAAGUUGCGGCAAGACUACCAGUAUAUGAACUUCACCACAAACGACAAGUUUCAAGACCAACUUAUCAAUUUCACAUACAGCACACUGCAAGUGCCUGUCAACAUAUACAAAAAAGAUCCGGCGGUGGUGAAUGGUAUCUUCAUGACCGAGUCUCUCAACAAGGUGUUCUAUGAGAACAUGUUAAAUGAUUCCACCCUCACCUGGCAAUACUUCGCCAGCUCCACUGGAUUCUUCCGCAACUAUCCAGGUGUAACUUGGGACACCGAGGACGGUCAAAUAGACCAUUUUGACGCCCGAGACAGACCGUGGUACCUGCAGGCAUCUCACUCUCCUAAAGACAUCGUCAUUCUCUUAGACACGAGUGGCAGCAUGACCGGAAGUCGGGAGUUCGUCGCCCGGAACGCAAUCCAUCACAUCAUCGAAACCCUAUUGGACGACGACUUCUUCAAUAUCAUAACUUUCUCGGAAGACGUGACAUACUUGGAAGAGUGCUUCACAGAUACUUUAGUUCAAGCCAACUCGGACAACAAAGAGUAUCUGAAAGGAAAGACGAAAGAAAUCGAGUCGAAUGGAAUCGCCAAUUUCGAGAGGGCAUUGGAAGUAGCCUUCAAACUACUUAAUGCGUCGAAGGUGAACAAAACAGGGUCCAGUUGCAGUCAAGCUAUUAUGCUACUCACAGAUGGGGCAGUAGAAAACUUCGAACACAUCUUCACUAAAUACAACGCACGAAAAGAGGUGCGUGUGUUCACGUACAUCAUCGGACGAGACGUAAAAAACUCUGAGCCAGUGAAAUGGAUGGCGUGCAACAAUAAGGGCUACUACACACAAAUAGCCACUUUAGCAGACGUCAAAAUAAACAUCAUGCAAUACAUACACGUGUUGAGUCGGCCAAUGGUGAUUGAAAAGAAAUACCAGUUCAAAUGGACCAAUGUGUACAUGGAUGUGGGGUCUGCAGGUCUCCGGUUGAUGACAACGGUGUCCAUUCCAGCAUUCGACAAAGCCGUAGGAAGGGAAAACGAAGGAAACUUGCUCGGCGUUGCAGGGGUAGAUGUGCCCAUUUCAGAGAUGAACAAGUUCACUCCAUCAUUCCAGCUGGGCUUCAACGGAUACACGUUUGCAAUCACAAACAAUGGAUACAUUAUCUUCCAUCCAGAUCUGAGACCUAAAUACACGACGAAUCGGAACAGAGAGAAGGACAAGCCUAAUUACAACAGUGUUGAUUUGUCAGAAGUCGAAAUGUACGACUCAAAGCGAGAACCAAGUUGUAACAACGAGACCCAAGAAUGUACCACAAAAGUGACUCAUAAAGACGAGCUGCGAACUAAAAUAGUCAACGCCGAAAUUGGAUCACAUUCCCUUGACAACGUGGUCUAUCAGAUUUCGGAUUGGACGCGAGCUGCUAAGCGUAACAUGUCCUAUUUCUUCAGACCUUUGAAACAAACACCCUUCAGACUUGGAAUUGCACUUGACAAGCACUUUGGGUUGACCGAGUUCUCACUGGAAGGGUUAACUUCGGAAGUGAGUGAACAAAUGCGAGCACUGAAUUACACAGUGGAUUCUCGUUGGAAUUACGAAUAUCGACCACAACAACCGAAAGAAGAGUCGAGCGAUCACAUUCAACUGGACGCAGUCAAGUCUACAUGCUCUUUGGCUCACUGCAACAUCUACUGUCAAAUGGGAACUGGAGAGAAGAACCAGCUGGAACUGAUACGCCAACAGCAGUUCAACGUUUCAUUCGAUCAAAAACCAUGUGACGCGGCCAUAGUUAAAAUGGUAGUGGAAGACGCUGUCAUAACAUACAAACUAAUGAACCAAGUGUGGAAGAAGCGCAGUAGUAUGACCCAGUCGAAAUGGGGGGACCCAUUUCCCAGUGAGUCUGUGGUGGCUGACUUCGUGGCCACUCGCAGUGGCUUCCUCAGAUAUCAGAUCGAUAACAGAGACGAAAAGCUGGAGGGCACCAUGAAGACCAGGUUUGCAGGGUCACCAUUCCAAGCGGAGUACUUCAAGAUCCCGUCAUCUGCCUACAGUCUGACUGAAAAUGAAGAUAUUCUAGUGUAUUGGGUACCCACUAGCACAACCACAAACUACGACGGUCCAGAGCCUGUUCAGGAGACUGAUCACCUGAACGUUCUGGCAGCGGCUCAGCUGGUCUUUGCUAAGUCGAAGUCUGCGGGAUAUCAAAACAAAGAAAAGAAGGCUAUAUCUUCAGUUGUUGGAGUGUAUCUGGAUCUAGAUGAUGCGAUGGUUGCAUUCAACAAGUCCAUCUCCAACCUCGGAAGCAGACACGACCUCACGAAUGACGAGAACAACGUCUUCACAAAAAUAGAGUCAUGCACCAACUCAACACUCAUAGACUGCUAUCUGCUGGACCACCAUGGUUUUGUGGUAAUGAGUGAAAACAAAGCGCACGUAUCUAAGUUCUUCGGGGCUGUGGAUGGGAAUGCUAUGCUGUCUCUGGUUAACCACACUUUAUAUAACAGGAUGGUGUUGAAGGACAUGCAGGGAAUGUGUGUGAGUGAGAAGGUGGAAAAGAAGACAAAGAGUGCAUCGAACACUUUACACAGUCGUCAAUCAUUUGCAGCCAACCAGGUGUUGAGUAAUGUGUUCGGCGUGUCUUCCUUCCUGCUGAACAUGUUCCUCCAGCUGAUGCUAAACUGCUUCUCUCUCAACUUCCUCUCCCUUCUCUCCCCCUGGGAUGCAUUCGACAACAUUGUAGCUGCCGAAAAAACUAUGGACCAGUUGAUGGAACACAUUUACAGUCCAUGUGAUAUGGAGAAGACUGUGUUCCUGCGGGACUUCAAACAGCCGAGGAAGAAGCCAGAUGCUAAUAGUUUUCCAUGUCAUACUGGCUCCAAGACCAGCGAGGACAAGUGUAUGCGAGACUACCUGUUCCAGUCGAUAGAGAACACCAACUUAGUGUUCGUGGUAGUGAUGAACAAACAGGACUGCACGUGUAACAGCGAGCCCAUGGAUUUGCGACUGAGAAAGAAGGAAUACACGCAGAAGAUGGAGAGGUGCUCUCGCCUGGCGGAGAGGAAGCAUAGAAUGCGACCGCCAGAGUGUCACUCGUUCCAUCAAUUGGAAGACUCAAAGCACUGUGGAAGGUCAACUACGCUCAGUGCAUCAAAAUGGGUUCUGUUAUUGCUGCCAAUUGUCGUAAAUACUCUCAGAAAACUGCUUUUAGUGUUUUAAAUGUCUUUUAUUUAGAAAACUGAAACUUUUAAUAAACUUACCUGCUCAAUUCCAUUUCUAUGCUCAAUGUGCAAAA